AAGAAAGCCCUAAACUAAACUUUGUUUAUGAUAGAAAAACCGUCAAUGCACAAACAAGAUUUAUUGAAGAGUGAGACAACAGUUUCAAAAUCCCCUUGGAUAUCAUCAAGUUUGAAGAGAAAAGGGAAAGGAAGGAGUAUAAGUGGGAGAGAGGAAAUACAAUGUGGCAACCACAGGGCAGAUCCUAAGACGCUGACAAUGGAACGACAAGCUAACACUGUGGAAGCAGGGGAUUUCAGUAUUAAUACUGUAGGGGGAGACCAAGAAAAGCUCAUUGUGGGGCAGGAAGAGCAUCACUACCCACUCCCUGUAAUACCAGCCCUUUACAGCAAGUUACUGUUGUUGAUCAUUUUACCAGCUGGAGCAUUUCUUGUCCCGGUUGUCCACACUUCAAACACUGGUACUGAUUCAUUUUCUGCCCUUCAGUACCUACACAUAAUUGUGUGGGCUGUGGUUAUGGUUCUUACUUGGUAUGUAAAAGCAGAACAUAAGAAGUCGAGAAUCCUUGGCUAUCAUGAUUUCUACAAUGCGACCCGAUAUCUACACAGAGUCACUUUUUACAUUUUGAGUGGAGGAAAUGUCAUCUUGAUUGUCAUUGGUUGUGUUGUAAAAGACUAUUGUCUGGGUGGAAGCUCAGACACUUGUAGUUUGAAUCUUGGACUGACCCCUGUGAACUAUCAGCAAGUGAUUUUUAUCCUAGAGAUAUUUUGUGCAAUACCCUUUGUCAUCAAACACAUAGUGGAAGUUGUUCGCUUCAACCUUGCUGGACUUCCUCCUGACACCCUGGCAGAAGAUGUGGCUCUCAGAUUUACCCGUCCGGAUUCCUAUGUGGGAGUGAGGGGUCCUAGCAACUUAGAAUGGGUGUUGGAACGGCAAGCUGACCUACUCCAAGUCCUACGGCACAGGAACCUGAUACUUACCCAGCAGGUGUAUGCUCUCACACAUAAUGAUCAGCAAAGUCAGCCUUGAUAGAAUCACUGUUGACCUUUACUCUGAUUAAAACAAGAGAUAUUUAAAGGUGUGCAAAUAUUUGUAGUAAUGCUUUUCCCCCUCUUUUUUCAAAUAGUUUUUAUGUGCAAAUAUUCAUGACUAUGUUUUUUUUAUGUGUUUUUUUUCUUGUUUUUCAUAUGACUCAUUCAUAAGUGAAGGUGUAGUACAUUUGUUGAAUAGCCUCCCCCCCUUCCUCUCCUCCUCCUCCUCCUCCUUACCUUUCUUUUACUUUACUCCUCUCCCCAGUCUUGUGGGUGUACAUCAUGUACACCCAUGAAACCACUAUUACCCACACUUGUACCCACACCUACACCUUACCCACACUCAUACCCAUACUCAUAUCCACACUCAUACCCACACUCAUACCCACACUCAUACCCACACUCAUACCCACACUGACACCCACACUGACCCAAUCAUAUGUAUGCACAAUUAGAGAGUGUUGCAAAAAUCUUGAGGUUUUGUUCAUAACAAGGAAGUUAAGAAUUUCAUGUGUCAAUACAAGUCUGUAUAAUUUUUUUCUGACACUAAAUAUUAUGAGAAAGGAAGAAUAUGAAAAUGAGUAAUCUAAUCAACAGAUUUAGAAGUAAGGAACAACACAAAAGUAUGAAGUAAUAUCAAUGCUAGUGCCUAGUUAGGGAUUAGUCAUGUGACAAUGAGAUCCCUGUGUCUUCCAUGUGAGGUUUUGCCAAAUUGACUGAGAAGUUGGAUUAGCUGGUAGGAAACAAGGGGUUGAAUCAAUAUAAAUGGGUAUUGGUUAGGGUAGCAGCAGGCAAAGAGAGGGUUAGAGUAUAGCUUAUAGGAGUGAAUGUGGAAAUAGGGGAAAGGCUCUUCCUCAAGACCUUUGAUAUAAAGCAGUGAGGUAAAUGACUAAUAUGUGGAACCACUUUUAUACAUUUGUGAAGUGGGCAGGAUGAAACAAAUGAUAUGUAAGAUCUGGGAUGAUUGUUACUAUCUGUGCUUUUGUAAGGAAGAGAAGACUUUACUACUUUCUUUAGUAUCCAGAGUGUUCAUCAAGACGCUGUUACACUAUGCUGAAAUUACUGUAGUUUUUUUAGAGGUAAGGGAAUCUCACUAGUUCCAUGAUAUUUCCCUACAGUAUUAUUUUUCUGCAAAUAAAUAAAAAAUAAAUCUUAAAAGUAAUAUCUGUAGAAAGCUUGCGAGUUGUACAGAUUUCAUUUGAUUCUGUUAGAAAUUAACGCUGAUUAUGAUUGCAAUAUCUCUUGGAUUUUGAAAAUUACCGAAACUUAAAAACAUAUUUAGUAGUAUUUGUUUCUGCUGUUACUAAUGCUAUAUGGACUUUAAUUUGCAAUUUAAUGUAAACUUUCUUGUAUGUCCCAAAGUUAUUAACAUUAAUUAUGCCAUUUUUAUAUCAAUAAACAUUUCUGUAUUUUAAAGAAGUAUUACUAUUUUUAUUUUUUUUAUUUUUCUUUUGUUUCAUUUCCAACAACAUAGAGAAGUGCUGCCAUACAGGCUUAUAAAAAACACGAAGUACGAAUCAUGAAAUUAAUCAGAUUUUAGCAUAGUGUUACAUGCAUUUAAUAAAGCUUUUUAGAUCUUACAAGAUACUGGGUCUUAGUAUGUCUUAUCAUCUGAGUCUUUUA